UUUGAUAAUGUUAAUAGAGAGAAGUUAUGGGAGAUAAUGGAAAGUAAAGGGAUAAAUCAAAGGAUGGUAGAAAGGGUGAAGAGGAUAUAUGAAGAGACCAAGAUGAUAGUGAAAACAAGGAAUGGAUUUACGGACAGCUUCUGGACCAAAAAAGGAGUGAGACAAGGGUGUGCGUUGAGCCCGUUAUUAUUUAGUAUAUAUAUUGCGGAAUUAGAUAAGAUGAUGGAAAGGAGAGGAGUAGGAGGAAUAGAAUUAGGUAAAGAUAGAAUAUGGAAUAUAGCGUAUGCGGAUGAUAUUGUGUUGGUAGCAAAGAACAGGGUAGCGAUGUUAGAUAUGAUGGACACGUUGAAGAAAUUUUUAAAGGAAAGAAGGCUAGAGUUAUCGACGGAGAAAACGAAAAUAGUGGUGUUUAACAGGAAAGGUAGGGAGAGGAAAGAAAAAUGGAAAUGGAAGGAUAAAGGGAUUGAAGAAGUAAAGGAGUUUAAGUACUUAGGAUUUACGUUUAAUCAAGCAGGGAAUUAUAAGGCACAUAUAAGGGAUUUGUAUAAGAAAGGCAGGGUAGCUUUGAACAAGGUUUGGGGUUUGGGAGAAAGAAUAUGUAGAGAUGAUUUUGUAAGGAGAUGGGCAUUAUUUAGAUAUCUAGUACAAAGUGUGAUGUCGUAUGGGGUAGAAAUAUGGGGGUGGGAGGAAAAAGAGAAAUUGGAAAGAAUUAUGAUGGAUUAUGUAAGGUGGAUUUUUAGAUUGGAUUUCUGUACACCGAGGUAUAUAAUUAUGUAUGAACUAGGAAUGGAAAAAUUGAAAAUAGGAUGGGGUAUAAGGGCGAAAAGGUAUGAAGAAAAAAUUAGGAACAGUAGUGAAGAGAGACUAAUCAAAAAGUGUUGGGAAGAAAAGGAAGAAAGGGGAGGGAAAGAUUUAUAUUGGAAGGAAAGGGAAAGUUAUUAUAAUAGGAAUGGAUGGGGUGUAGAAAGAGUUAAGGAAGGAAUGGAAGGAGGGUGGGAUAUGGAGGGAGAGAUAGUAAAAAGGGAAAGAGACGUGCAAAAACAGUGGAUAGAAAGUAAGAUUAGGGAGGCAAAGUAUAAUAAAAGGUAUAAAGAUAUAAGGAAGAUAGGGGAGGGACAUAAGUAUUUGGAAAAGAGCAGUUUGAUAAGGAUGGGAGCAAAGGCGGGGGGAGAAGUGAGAGCGCUUAUUAAGUUAAGGUGCGGUAAUCUGGAGUUAGAAAAUAAGUAUUGGUUAGAGGAGGAAGAGAGAAAGUGUGUAAUGUGUGGGAAGGAGCAGGAUGAGAUGUAUCAUUAUAUGUAUACAUGUGAGUGGGGAAAGAGAUGGUUCGAGGAGAUGGAUAGUAUGGAAGGUAGGGGAAAAGAAAGGAUAUGGGAUGAUGAAAUCGAUGAGAUUAAAGGGAAAGUAUUAAAAAGAAUGUGGAGAGAAAGGGAGGGUAAAAUCAAAGAGAGAGAAAGAGUAGGAGAAAAAGAAAAAGAAAAAGGACAAAGUGAAAUAGGGUAAAGGAAAGAAGAAAGAGAGAGGUGAAUUUAAUGUGAUAUAGAUAUAGAAAGUAUGGAGGAAUGGAAAGAAUGAAUGAAUGGAGGAUGUAUGGAAUGUGUGAGGUAGUUGGCUAAUGUAAACCAAGUCCCCUUCUUGGCUAUUUAAUGUAUAUAGCUGAAUGGUAAUAAAUAUAUAUGUAAAAUUAUAUAUGAAUUUAUAUAUAUUAUUAUAUAUAAUUAUAUAUAAUUACAUAUAGAAGUAGAAUGU